AUGACAGUCAUCACUUAUUCAAGUGCUGCUGGAAGGCUUCCGAAAGAAAUCCAGGUUCUUGAACAUCCUUCAUCACCCGGGAAUGUUGCAGAACCCCUGUUUAAGAUUUUAGAACCCAAAACCACGCUGGACCCCUCGGAGAACCCGAUUCUCGAAUCUUGUAGGGUCAAAGGCCAGAGAUGGUUGGAACACAGCGGCAACGAGGGAGGAGCAAAGGCAGAGAGGGCAGAAACGCAGAGACACAAAUGGGGAAGAGGAGUCAGCAAGAGGAUGGAGAGAGGAAGGAGAGAGGAGGAGCCGUGCGACUUAAGGAUCAAAUGCAACAAGGACAUUAAAAUAUACCUAAAGAGUGGGGGGAAAUGCGCGAAAAGAAAAGACAUGAGCACGACAGAUGUGUAAACAGACGGUGAAAGCAAGCAAAGGGAGAAAAAGAUGAGAGAAAGGAAGAUGUGGCCUGUUUCUCCCUGGCCAUUAUACCUGAAAAUCAUUACUGGAAGAGGGGAAAACAUGAUGAAAAGGAUGAAGUGGUAUCAUCUCUUCAUCUGGUUCACUCUCCUCCUCUUCAGCCUGUGUCCAACACCUGCUUCAUCACAGGGACAUUUCCCCAGAAUGGAGAACAUUGCUGCCUUUAAACCUGUGUCCACCUCCCCUUCUCGAUCCACCUGUGGGGUCCCAGAGCGGAGCAGCUACUGUCAGUCGCCGUCCUCUCAGACUGAGCUGACAACAUGUUAUCAGGCCUUCUGUGUCCACGAGUGUCCCUAUAGAUACUCCACACCUCCAUAUGCCCCACUGCUACUGCCUGCACACAGGGGUACCUGUAUAAAUGAAGACAGUAAUGACACUCGUCCUGGGACCCAGACGGAGAGCAGAACCACUACCAGUUCAGAGGGGGUUUCUGGUGGAUCCAGUAGUGUGCUCUUUCGGCACAUCCAGGAUGGAUGUCUGGUCUCUCCCCCCUCACAGACACUAGGAGCAUUGGGUUCCCUCACUCUGGCAUUGUGGAUCAAACCAAGCUCCCCUGGAGAAAUGAUGCUGCUGGAGAAGAGCUCAGGCCAGCGGUUGAUUUUUUCUGUGACAGUGUCUGAGCAGAUGGUCACACUGCGGUAUGGUCAGUCCAGCAGUCAGUCUCCUCUGACCGUCAGCUUCAGAACUGAGGGGAGGCUUACACUGGAGAAGUGGACACACCUUGUUUUGCAGGUCCACAACAGAUGUGUGAGUCUAUUCCUGGAUGGAUUUGAGGAGGAUGGGACACCAUUCGACACACAACCUCUGACCGCCAGGCUCUCUGAUAUCAGCGAGGAUGGUGCAAUGUGGGUGGGACUCAGCUCCAACGGGUCUAAUCAGUUCAUUGGACGGAUGCAGGACUUUAGAUUUUAUCCUGCCACUCUGACCAACAGGGAAAUAGUGGAGGUGUACUCAGGGGUUCUGCCUGAUCUCCAUGCCCAGUCAGAGUGUCGCUGUCCACCCAGUCACCCCAAAGUACACCCUUUAGUUGAAAGAUACUGCAUUCCUAAUGGUGUUGAGGACACCACGAGAGACAGAGUCUUACGCCUCAACCUUAAUGCCCAUCCACUAAGUUACAUCAAUGAUCAGGACAUGGGCACCACAUGGCUUUCUAAGAUUAUGACUACACAGGAACUGGACGAAGGAGUCACAAUUACCGUGGAUUUGGUUAAUGGACAAUACCAGAUAUUCUACGUUAUAGUACAGUUUGGUGGGCUCUUGCCUGAGUCACUUCUGAUCCAAAGACGAAGGCUUGAACUCACAGAGAAUGGCACCUCUGCACAACAGCCCUGGCUGGACUGGCAAUAUAUGGCCAGAAACUGCAGUGUGUUUGAAAUGCAAAACAACGGGCCUCUACUGAGACCAGACUCCGUCAACUGUCUGCAGCUGCCCAGCGAUUUGCCUUUCUCAGGAGGUAACAUCAUAUUCAGCCUGCUGACCCCCGAGCCAAACCUCAGGCCAGGCUAUAAUGACUUCUACAACACACCUGCCCUGCAGAAGAUGGUCCAUGCCACCCAGGUCAGGAUACACCUGAGUGGACAGUCCCACCCCGUAGCAGCCGGGGUGAACCAGCGACACAGAUACUAUGCCAUCAAUGAGAUCACCAUCAGUGGCAGAUGUGAGUGUCACGGCCAUGCAGACCACUGUGAUACCAGUGUUACGCCCUACCGCUGUCUGUGUCUGCCUGAGAGCCACACGGAGGGAAACAAUUGCCAGCGCUGUGCACCCCUCUACAAUGACAAGCCAUUCAAGUCAGGUGACCAGUUACAGCCUAUGAACUGCCGGUCUUGUCAGUGUCAUGGCCACGCCCCCACCUGUCAUUAUGAUGUUAGUGCCGAUGACCAGCCAGAUGAGCACUAUCGAGGAGGAGGAGGCGUCUGUGACCACUGCAUGCACAACACCACUGGAAAGAACUGUGAGCUGUGUAUAAGUGGAUUUUUCAAGCUGGAGGGAUCUGAUCCCACUUCAGUUUAUUUGUGUCAGCCUUGCAACUGCAACACUGCUGGGACUGUCAACAGCAGCAUGGAGUGUGCCCAGGCAGGAGGCCAGUGUCAAUGUAAGGUUGCAGUAACAGGUCAGCGGUGUGUCGACUGUUUGCCUGGUUGGUAUGGUCUUCGAGCCUCAAAUCCAAAUGGCUGCACUCGCUGUAACUGCAGUGACAUUGGCAUCAUCAGCACCUCAACAGGACUUCCCAGUUGCAACCAGGACACAGGCCUGUGCCAGUGUAAACCCCAUGUCACAGGUCUUCCUUGUGACCGCUGUGAGUUUGGUUAUUGGAACCUGUCCCACCCAGACGGCUGCGUCCCAUGUGACUGUGACCCCCUCGGUUCCCUUAGCCCAUUUUGUGAGCCUGAGGGGGGGAAGUGUGAGUGCAAGCCUAUGGUGGGGGGGCAGCGCUGUGAUUCUUGUGGCAGGGGUUCAUACGGGUUAAGAUUGGAGGGAUCCUGUGCCCCCUGCAACUGCUCACAAGAAGGGACAGUACCUGGGACAGACUGUGAUCCUCACACAGGACAGUGUGUGUGUAAGGAACAUGUGGAAGGCCUUCACUGUGACUCUUGUCGUCAUGGUUACCACACCCUGGAGCAGCGAAACUCCCUGGGCUGUCUGCCGUGUGCGUGUGACAUCCAUGGCACUGUGCCAGAGGGUGUAUGUGAUAUGUGGACCGGACAAUGCCGAUGCAGAGAAGGGGUGGAGGGAGCACAGUGUACCAACUGUGCCCAUAACUACUACAACCGGAGCUUACACAUACAGAAGGGGUUGUCCCAGGGCUGCGUGCCUUGUAUUUGUGAACUCAGAGGAACAGUGGCUGGGUCAGUAUGUGACAGCACCACAGGGCAAUGUGUUUGUGUCCCUAUGCGCUAUGGAAAAGACUGCAGUAGCUGUCGACCUGGCUUUUACCUCUCUCCAGAUCAGAGUGUGUGUGCAGAGUGUGACUGCCAUCCAAUGGGAGCAUCACAGCGUGGUUGUGAGAGCCAGACCGGACAGUGUGUGUGUGCCCAUCCCUCAGUGGGAGGCCGAGGCUGUGACCAGUGUCGUGAGAUGUUCUUCGGAUUCAACCCUGGCGUGGGCAGAUGCCAACCUUGUGCAUGUGACCUGAUGGGCAGUGUCAACGGUUCAUGUCAUCCAGACUCAGGGGUGUGCGUGUGUAAGCUGCUGGUAACUGGAGACAAGUGUGAUAUAUGUCAACCUGGAGCGAGUCAUUUCGACCCUGAGAGCCACUUUGGCUGCAGUAAAGCACCCUCCCAACAACCUGCACCAGUAGGUUUUGCUCUCAGUUAUUCCUCCAUUCGUCUCUCUUGGCAUCCGCCGGACUCCCCGAACUCAAACAGACUCAACUACACACUGGUCAGGGAUGGACAGUCAGUGCAUAGCAUCCAGAGUCACUAUCCUUUCAGCCCUGAAUCAUUUGAAGAAACUGUUUUGUUUCCCUUUACAAACUACUCUUACUGGCUUGUAACAGCUAAUGUGGCCGGUGAGACAAUAAGUGCAUCAGCCUCGUACCAAACUUUGGGUGCACCGCCAGAAGUAGAACAGCUCCAUUUAAACCUUGUAGGACGACCCGGUCCAACCACUGCUAGCUUUGACUGGAGCACGCCACGAAAUGAUACAGGUCCAUUGGAAAGGUUUGUCCUAUCAUCCAUGGAGUUGAGUGGAGCAGAGCCUGUCAGUCACUACACAGGCCUAUCUACAGAGGCUGUGGCAAGCGGUCUAAAGCCCUUCACCCAAUACACUGUAACUCUGGAGGCGUGCUCCUCCGGUGGGUGCACUUCUACCCCACCAUUGUCUCUUUUGACAGCCUCUGCCCCCCCACAACACCAACCACCACCCAGAGUCACCGCUACGGGACCUCAUACACUGCAUGCUUCCUGGGAGCCCCCCAGUCAGCCAAAUGGUGUUAUCACAAGGUUUGAGGUUUUUCUUCGUGGACCAAUAGAAUCACAGAAUCCUUCAAGUCCUGCUGUUGAGAAGCGAGUGUUCCUCAGUGCUGGUUGGCUGGAUCCAAGUGUUUCCCCAGAAUUACAGCUUUCCAAUAGGAGCUCAGUCUCACCGCCUGAGAGCAGUACCAUUGUAGGAGAUCUGCAGGCGUUUUCCACCUAUCAGAUGAGAGUUUUGAGCAUCAAUAUGGUAGGAAGUGUCACGUCCGGGUGGGCCACCGCACGCACCAUGGAGGGAGUCCCAGAGUUUAUGGCUCCUCCAGAAGUGUCUGCAGUGUCAUCCACAAGUCUCACAGUGUCAUGGAGUGCAGCUGAGGGUCAAGGGAUCAUUGCCAGAGGACCGGUCACAGAAUUUCGGGUCAACUUGCUCAAUGAACAGACCAACAAUCCCUAUGCUCCUCCGGUUAUUAGUCAGGUCUUACAUAGGGUGGGUCCAUCGUCAGCGCCUGUUCAUUUAGUGAAAGGACUGCAGCCUUACCAUGUGUACAACUUCACCAUUACACUCUGUACAAAGACGGGUUGCAUUUCCAGUCUGCCAGGCUCGGGGCGGACCCUACCAGCAGCUCCCACACCUCGACUGUCUCCACCUCAGUUACAUCCAGUAAAUGAAACCACCAUUCAGAUAGACUGGGACCCCCCAGCCCAACUCAAUGGACCAGACCCACUAUAUCAGGUGGAGAGGACCGACAUCUCUCUCUCCGACCACCACGGUUCUGUUGUCAGAGGAACCAGGUUCUCAGGAAACGGUUACUACCAGUUUCCCAGUGACACCCUUCCUGUCAACACAGACUUCACAGGUGUUGAGUUGAGUUUCAGUACUCGGUCCCCAGAUAGCCUGCUGCUCUGUGCCUUCUCUCCAGGGAAUCAGGAAGAGUUCCUGGCCAUUCAGCUCAAAAAUGGACGCCCCUACUUUUUAUUUGAUCCACAGGGCUCAGUGGUGGCUGUGAGUGUACAGGGUGAUGGAGGGCACCGCUACAAUGAUGGACAAUGGCACAGCAUCAUAGCAACAAGGCGAGGGGCCGUGGGAACAAUCGUUGUAAACAAUCAAUACAGAGGAAGUGCGUCCGCUUCCAGCGGCAGCACCAUCAUUGGAGAGAACACAGGGAUGUUCAUUGGAGGGUUGCCGGAAGACUUGACUUUGCUAAGGGAGGACUCAGGUGAUGCUCGGCUAGUGCAACAGCGUUUCUCUGGUUGCCUCAGAGACUUGAGUUUUAAGAUGACUGACAGCCCGUCAGAAGAAUGGAAAUCUCUCGACUGGGCAAAAGCCACAAAGAAGGUGGCAGUGUAUGAUAGCUGGGAGGGAUGCCCUAUUCAAACUGUGGAAGGAGCCCAUUUUCUGGGUCAUGGUUUCUUGGAGAUGGUCAAAGAUGUAUUCAGUGGAGGACAGGACUUUGACAUUCAUAUGGAUUUCAGAACAGACCAGCUCAAUGCACUUUUACUCUUUACAUACAACACACAAACUGAGGACUAUAUGCUGGUGGAGCUGGAAGCCGGCCUCCUGUCGUUUAUUCUUGCCGCUGAAGGUCACGUGACUGAACUCAGCAUGUGGGUGGGGCUUAGCUACUGCGAUGGAGACUGGAAACCGCUUUCAUUGGCAAAACGUGGCUCGCUCAUUUCUGCAGCAGUCAAUGACUGGGCAGAGGAGACGAGGGGGGCAGGAGAGGCAGUGAGGCUGAGAGUUGAUUCGCCAUUAUACCUGGGGGGCGUGCCCAUGGAGCUUAUACAUCCUGCUCUGGACAGCCAAAGUCACAAACACGGGCUAGGAGGUUGCAUAAGGGGUCUUACCAUACGAAGUGAUGAAACAAACCCUCCUGUCAGUCAAAGUGUUAAUCUCUCAGUUGCCUCUCGCCGUUCUGUUAGAGUCUACUUAGACGGCUGUCCCACCAGUGAAAGACGGUACAACUGCAGAGGAAACGAUUCAGUGUUGGUGUAUAGUGGGAGGAAGACACAAGCCACAGAUCAUAGCCUCCAGCCUUUCACUGAGUACUUGUAUAGGUUUGUGGCCUUGGCUGCAGGAGGUUGGGCAGCGGGACCCUGGCAAAGAGUACGCAGCUGCAGCAAAGUACCGAGUUCUGUCCCGCCUCCCACCACCGUGCAGAGCUUGACUGGCUUCAGUGCCAAGGUGAGCUGGGUGCCACCCACUGGGGACAUCAGAGGGCUGAUUGAUAGAUAUGAGUUGAAGGCCUACAAUAGAGAUCAGCCAGAGGUACCACCUGUCAACGCCCUGUAUUUGGCUAAUGGAAUUUUCACAGGUGUGUUGCCGGGUCUCACUCCGUCCACUCGAUACAUGAUCACUGUAAGCGCCUGUAGUCCUGUUGGCUGCACUGAGAGUCUUCUUAAUGACAAUGGUGAUGAUAAUGAUUUGAGAUCGAGCCUCACUACCCCGGAGGAAGCUCCAGAUGUUGUCUCUCCUCCAGCUGCAGUCUCUUCCCCCUCAGCCCUCUAUAUUACCUGGGAACCCCCCGCAAGGCCGAAUGGAGGCAUUUCAGCAUACUUCCUCUAUCACAACAACCAAAUGGUCUACAGGGGGAAGGAGCGACAACACAACAUCACUGGUCUUGGUGUCUAUUCCACCCAUGUCUUGGUACUGAGUGCAUGCACUUCAGUGGGCUGCACCAACAGUUCACAAGUUACUAUGCUGACCUCUCAACUUCCUCCAGGACCCCUACACGUACCAACUCUUACCCUGCUUGACUCACGGACUAUUCUGGUUGAGUGGUCACAUCCCUCUCAGGUAAAUGGCGUUUUAGAGUUCUAUUCCAUCUUCCUGUCACAUGACGGCGCAGCGCCUGUGCUCGUCCAUAACAGCUCAGAACUUUUUGAAGACCACACUCUCCGCGACCUAACCCCUGGAACAGUUUACACCAUCACACUCGCUGCCUGCACAGGAGGUGGGUGUACCUUAAGCCCUCCCAGCCAGGCUCAGACUGAGGAGAGCACCCCGGAGAAUGUCCCUGCACCGCUGGUCACGCCUCUGUCCCCAAAUGCACUCAACGUCAGCUGGACACCUCCUGAUACUCCGAAUGGCAUUAUAACCAGCUAUGGUCUAUGGCUGGAUGGAGUGCUCAUUUUAAACUCCAGUUCCUCCCUGAGGUUCUUGGUGGUGGAGGAACUUUCUGCAUGGAGCCAACACGUCCUCAGGCUGCAGGCCUGUACAGCACGAGGCUGUGGCAAGGGACCAAUGGUGGAGAUGCGUACAUUAGAGAUGGCCCCAGAGGGCCCUAUACUGUUGGAACUGACCAAUCAGAGUUCUCGAUCACUCCGAGCCCGCUGGACAGCCCCACCUAGACCGAAUGGGAACCUCAGCUACACACUGUACUACAAGAGCAAAGGUGGCGUUGGUGUGUUGGAUGGAAGUAUAGCAGCAGGAAGCUGGUUGUCUGUGACUGAUCUACAGCCUUACACCAACUACAUCUUCUGGAUCAGAGGGUGUAACACACAAGGUUGUGUCGAGAGCCUGCCACACAAUGUUACUACGCCCCCAGCAGCCCCAGAUGGGUUGUCACCUCCGAGGUUGGCUCAUAGAACUAGUGCCAGUCUGAAUGUAUCCUGGUCCGCCCCUGCUCACUCCAACGCACCAGGGCCACUCCGUUACAGCCUGCAAAUGAGGACGUCCCCUCAGAGGCCUGUGAUAAGGCUUUUGGAAAACGCAACGGCUACCUUUUCCUACCAUGUAGAGGGCCUGUCACCGUACACCCAGUACAUGUUCAGAGUGGGGAUCUCGCACACAUAUGGGCGGACAGUCGGCCCCUGGGCGACCCUGCGCACCGCAGAGGACAGUCCAGGACCAGUAGACAGUCCGUCUGUUUCCAGGCUCCAUCCUCGAAGUGUAACAAUUACCUGGUUUCCUCCCUCCCAACCAAAUGGCAUUAUCAUCAAUUAUACCCUCUAUAUUUGCCCCAGCUCCACCUCUUCUUGUGAUUUCAAGCCCAGUUCAGUCUCCAGCAUCAGCUCGACCCUCAACUCCAGCUUAGGUCGUAACCCAAGCCUAUUGCCCAGCACUGAGGGUGCAUAUCUCAACUCCAGCCAUAACCUCAGGCCAACAUCCAGUCUUACCACCCCAGGCUUAAGCCACAUCUCCAUGUCCACUGUCACCACAGGCAGUAAUGACAGCUCAAGCGCAAUCCAAGACACUAGACCCAACCUCGUCCCAAACCCUUUCUCAAGCUUGAGUCCUGGUAUCGCAGACGACAACCAGAUUGAGUCCACUGGCGUAAGCAGUACCAGCCAAGGCCCUGCUUCCAACCCAAUACCCCCAGUGAAAAGCCCCAUUUCUGGUUACUUUAGUACAGCUUCAGAUACACGUUCAUCUCUUCAAUCAGUCACUGUUCCAGGGAACACCACUAGCUACACUUUCCUCGACCUACCACCAUACCAGACCUACAGCCUCCAGAUGGAGGCGUGCACCAGUGUGGGUUGCACAGUGUCUGGGAUGUCUCAGGACUUUCGUACCCUUCCAGCUCCCCCUGAAGGGGUUCCUGCACCUCACCUUUACUCUGACACCCCCACCUCUGUUGUCUUGUCCUGGUGUGCACCAGAGUGGAGCAAUGGACCACUAGAGCGGUGGCUGAUUGAACGCAGAGUUACUGGAACCAAACAAGUCUCUACAGUGGGCCAUCUCCCACCAGACCCUCCCCCUCUUUCUUUUCUAGACUCUUCAUCGGCCCUCAGUCCCUGGACUAGCUACCAGUACCGACUUGUGCUCCAUAAUCAAGCUGGCAACACUACAGGACCCUGGGUCAAUGUCACCACCAGACCUUCUCGGCCAGCUGGUCUCAGUCCUCCGAGGGUAAAGGUGUUGGGGCCAGAGUCACUUCAGGUAACAUGGUCUGCUCCGCUUAUUCCCAAUGGAGAAAUCCAUGGCUACGAGAUCCGCCUCCCAGAAGACCGCAUCUUCCAUGACAGUGCCAAUGCUUCUGAAUUCAACAUCACAAUAACGGACCUCAUUCCAUACACAAACUACAGUAUUACUAUGUUGGCAUGUUCCAACGGUGGUGGACAUGUUGGUGGAUGUACAGAAAGCCUGCCCACGCCUGCUACAACUUUUCCCACAAUCCCUGAAGGCCUUGAACCACUGUCUGUAGUGGCAGUCAGCGAGUCCUUCCUGGCCAUUUCCUGGGAGCCACCAAGCAGGCCCAACGGACCUAACAUCAGAUACAAGUUGCUCAGACGUAAAACCCACCAGCCCCUGGCCAUCGCCACGGUCCCCACGGUAACAGCCAUGUCCCCUCCCCCCUCUGAAGAUCUCCAUCGCUGGCUCCAUGUUUACUCCGGCACCAAAUUGUUCUACCAAGAUAAAGGCCUAAGCAGAUUCACCCGUUACCACUAUCAGUUAGUGGUAGAUAAUGACGUGGGCUACUCCUCAGGACAGAUUGUUACCGCGGUGACCAUGGCGGGGGUUCCCCACCACCCUCCAUCUCUGUCUGCCCACGCUGUCAAUCACACUGCUGUACAGGUCACCUGGACACAACCCUCUUUGCAAGACCUACAGGGAGAGGUGGAAUCUUACUUUCUGACAAUAAUGUCUGCCCGGUUAAGCCAAAUCUUGGCUUUUCCCCCUGAGAUCAUGUCCACAGUGAUAAGUGACCUUUGGCCCAGCACCACAUAUCUGUUGUCAGUACAGGUAUCCAACGGAGCACAUAAUACAACUAAGGCAACGGUUAACGUCACCACUGAAGAUGGAGCGCCAGACGGGAUUUCCGCCCCAGAGGUGGUUCCGGUUAACAGCAGCACAGUUCGUGUGCUUUGGUUCCCUCCUUUACAGCCCAAUGGAGCAGUUACUGGUUACUACAUCUACCUUAAUGGCCGUCUUCAUGGCAGUGUAGACAACAGCUCAGGCUCCUACCUGCUGGGCGACCUGCUGCCUUUUACUGUCUACAACGUACAGGUGGAGGUCUGUACUUUGUAUGCAUGUGUGCGGAGUAAUAUUACUCAGACAACUACUGUGGAGGACCUGCCUGCCGACCUGGCCACGCCACACACACACGUGAUCAAGCCCAGGGUGGUGAGGUUGGACUGGUCCCGUCCAGGCAGACCCAGUGGGAUCAUGCUGGGCUAUGAUGUUUUAAGACGCACUUUGAGGUCAUGUGCCGCUGGCUCAAAGGGGGUCACAUCCUCUGUGGGGGAAGAGUCAGGCGGUGCAAGGUUCAGAUGUUCGUACCUGCAGUGUCCUGCCAGUCAUGGUGUGUGUGUGAUGUCCUGCUUCCAUCCUGACAUUCAGGUGUGCUGCAGUGGGCUGCUGUACACUAAGAAACCACAUCAUCAUUGCUGUGAGGGCAGUUACCUGAGUUUGAGUAAUUCCUCCAAUCCGGUCUGCUGCAAUGGAAAACUGCUCCCGGCUCUCCCAAACCACCAGUGCUGUGGAGGAUACUAUAUUCAUGUAAAAACCAGUGAGUAUGAAAACUGCUGCCCUGACCACGAGCAGGGCCGGGUCUCAGUAGGGCUGGGUGACAGCUGCUGUGGGGGGGUUCCUUACUUCAUGAAAGGCGGCCAGCUUUGCUGUAGUGAGAGCCUCCAUGAUGGCUAUGGGGUCCGAUGCUGUGGAGGCCGUAUUGUAGAUGAUACUCUGGUGUGCUGCGGUGAUGCCGAGAGUGGGGAAGUGCGUACAUAUACCCCAGGUUUUGUCUGCUGUGGUCAGGAGUAUAUAAACUCUUCAACCUCUCUGUGCUGUGUGAGUAAUGAUGGAUAUCCCACAAUGCACCCUGCUGGCAAUGCCACAGUGACACUGCAGUGCUGUGGGUCAAAGGUCAUACAUCAGGAGGAGAAAUGCUGCAAUGGGAUUGGCUAUGACCCUCAACGACACGUGUGUGCAGAUGAACCCACACCCGGCCUGCUGAUACAGCACCAGUGUUUGCAGGGGGCAGUGUGUCCUGUAGCUGCAGCUUCUACAGCUUACUGUGGCUUGUGUGACCUCGAUCCAUCUACGAACGCCUGCACAUGGGUCCUGUCUGCGCACAAACACCCUGAUAAACCCUCCACAACAUACUCACCUUCCUUUAACACCACUCAUGAAACUCUCACUAGGGGCCUGUCUACCCAUACAAACAGAAGUGAUAUCACAUACAAAAUGGCAGACGCAUACAGUCACACACAUACUGAGAACCUGCAAUUUGAGGGGAGCCUGUGCCCGUCCCAUGAGGAGGUUGUGUACAGCGGAGAUUCCAACAGAUACACUUAUACAGACUCUGACCUGGAGCCCUUCACCACCUAUGAGUACAGAGUGAGGGGCUGGAACAGCUUUGGACGAGGCUCCAGUGAUGUUAUAACAGUGACCACCAGUGAAGACAAACCGUGGGGAGUGGCACCGCCCCGCUGGAGUCGCUUAGGGGAACGAGAUGACAUCAUCCAGUUGCUAUGGCAAACACCCUCCAGGCCUAAUGGGGAUAUCACCCACUAUGUUAUACUGCGGGAUGGACAAGAGCGCUACCGUGGUGAUGAAAACAGUUUUACUGAUGUGGCUGGAAUCAGGCCAUUCCAGGAAUACAAUUACCAGCUGAGGGUCUGUAACCGGGCUGGUUGUGCCGACAGCACAAAGGUGGUGGCAGUGACCGUCCAGGGAGUCCCAGAGGGCGUGCAGCCUCCAGUGGUAGCAGCUUUAAGCCCUUUCUCCCUCCAUGUGAGCUGGUCUGAACCUACUCAUCCCAAUGGAAACAUACAACAGUACCACCUGAACCAGACUGGCAUAGGAACCGUAUUUACACACAUCGAUGGGCCCAGAAAUUACACUGUGACUGGUUUGCAGCCGUACACAGACUACAGGUAUGUGCUGGUGGCCUGCACAGCUGUUGGAUGUGGAGCCAGCUUACCUUCCACAGGACGCACGAUGCAAGCCUCCCCUGCUGGUGUAUGGUCACGCCCCAGACAUCUGAUAAUAAACACAUCUGCGGUGGAGCUAUACUGGGAUCAGCCACCCCAGCCUAAUGGACACAUCUCCCAGUACAGACUGAACAGAGACGGUCACACUAUUUUUACUGGAGACCACCGUGACCAGAAUUAUACUGACACUGGACUCCUGCCAAACCGCAGGUAUGUGUAUAAACUGGAGGCCAGCACAGGGGGUGGGACCGGUGUGAGUGACAAAUAUGUUAUACAAACACCAGUCUGGUGCCCCACUGGGAUCCAACCGCCGCACAAUGUGACAGUGCUGGGCCCCCACUCCAUCUCUCUUGCCUGGACCACUCCUGCUCAGCUCAACAACAGCCAGCCUGUAAACUACAUCAUCCUGUUAAAUCCAGAAAGUGACAGAGCUAUAAUGCGUCCUGCUGGCCAAGCUCGUCACCUCACUGUGACAGGUCUAGAGCCAUUCACCGCCUACCACAUCAGAGUGCAGGCCUGUCAAAUUGGUGGGUGUGGUGUAGGAGAGGGGUUGUAUACUCGGACGUUAGAGACCGCCCCAGAAGGUCAGCUGCCUCCCACAGUGAAGGCAGCUGGAGCCAAAGUCCUGGAGAUCCACUGGUCACCUCCCCAAAAACCCAACGGACUCAUCACAUCUUACUAUAUAUACAGGCGUCCAGUAGGAACAGAGGAGGAGCUGCUGGUUUUUAUCUGGUCCAGUGGGCCGCUUGAAUUUUAUGAUGCAAGCCCUGCCCUGCGACCCUUCAGCUACCUGCAGUACAGGGUUCGGUCCCACAACUCCAAAGGCUCAGUUGUGAGCCAGUGGGCUUUAGCUCUGACCUUACAGGCAGAACCACAAGAUAUGGCCCCUCCCACUGUCACACCCACAGGUGCAUACUCAGCCCAUCUGAAAUGGAGGGAACCGGGACAGCCCAACGGUCUCAUUUCCCAUUAUAGACUGGUUUACAAGAAGCACCAACAAGACCCAACGCUCAACUCAACUGCUGUUAUUGCUCUCACUGUGGAGGGUUCAGUCCAAGAAGCAACAGUCUAUGGUCUGGAACCUCACAGACAGUACAGUCUGCAAGUGGAAGCUGUGAACGAGGCAGGUAGUGUGUCCAGUCCAUGGAAUGCCAUUAGGACCCUGGAGGCUUCUCCGGCUGGCCUGGCUAACUUCACAGUGGAGCAGAGAGAGCAGGGCAGGGCAUUGCUGCUUAUCUGGGAUCAGCCAAGUGCUCCAAAUGGAAUAAUCACGAUGUACAACUUGUACAGUGAGGGGAACCUUGAAUUCAGUGGACUAGUGCGCAACUUCCUGUUUCGUCGUUUGGAGCCAUGGACCAUGUAUUCUUUGAUUCUUGAAGCUUGCACCUUAGCCGGCUGCACACGCACCCCAUCCCAGCAUGUCACUACAGCAGCAGCUCCACCUGCUUUUCAGCCCCCUCCCAGGCCUCUCUUCAUUGGCCCAGACCGUGUGGCACUUACCUGGGGCCCUCCCUCCCAGCCCAAUGGGCCAAUUGGAGAGUAUUACUUACUCGGGAGAAGUUUGGAGGAAAUGGGGAAUGGAAGAAGUAAUGAAGAGGAUAUUGAAAAGGUGCUGUUCAGAGAAUCAUCCCCACAGCAUGCUGACUCCGUUUCGUAUACAGUGGCUGGUCUGCGUCCCUGGACACAGUACCAAUUCAGUGUCCGGACUCACAACCCCACUGGGCACACCCGCAGCCUCUGGGUAACUGUGACAACCAGACAAGCCCCUCCUCGUGGUCUAGCUCCGCCAAAAGUGAGUCACCUCCAAGGCCAACCCAGUGAGGUGUUGGUGUCCUGGACCCCUCCUUUGGAGCCCAACGGGAUCCUUCAGUCCUACAGGAUUCAGAGGAGCAAUGUCAGUUUCUCAUUUAGUUUCGACCCCACUGUCCUCAGCUACACCGACGAGGACCUCCUGCCAUUUUCAACAUAUAGCUACUCAAUUAUAGCCUGCACGUCUGAGGGUUGCAUCACCAGCCCUUAUACAAACAUCACAACUCUAGAGGCUCCACCUGCCACAGUAGAAGCUCCCACAGCGGAGAGUGUCACAUCCAAUAGUAUAAACAUUUCCUGGAGUAAACCACUGACCCAGAAUGGAGAGGUGACUGAAUAUGUGCUGAAAUUGAACAACAAAGACACUUAUCAUGGGAGAGAAUUAAAUAGAGUGUUGUCAGAUCUGCGGCCACACACGUCAUAUCAUCUGGUCCUUUUGGCUUGUACCAAUGGUGGGUGCACCGCCAGCGCCUCAAUGUCCAUAGUGACUCAGGAGGCUCCUCCCACUGUCCUGCCUGCCCCGACUCUUAAGGUAACUGGCCCAGAGUCAGUGGAGGUGAGCUGGAGACCACCGGAGCACCCUAACGGCAUCAUCACAGGUUAUGAACUCCGCAGAGAUGGUGAAGUUAUCUUUGUCGGCACUGAGACCCAUUACCACGACUUCACACUGUUGCCAAGUGUAGAAUACAGCUACGUUAUAAGGGCCAACAACAGUAAAGGGGCAGUGAGCAGCAAAGCAGCCACAGCCAAGACUCACUCAUCAGCUCCUUCUGGUGUUGGUCUUCCCACAUUGACGCCUCUUGGACCAAACCAGUUGAGAGUAGAUUGGAGUCCUCCAGCCCGUCCUAAUGGAGACAUUGUGAGUUACACUGUGUAUCAAAGAGAUCCGGUCCAACUCAGAAUCACCAGCACUGUGUUCACUCCAGAGGACGGUGACUUCUCUGACCGACACACCACUCUGCAUGGGCUGGCUCCUUACCACAGGUAUGAAGUGAGGGUGGAGGCAUGCACUGCACUGGGCUGCUCCUCCAGUGACUGGGCAUUGAUACUCACUCUGGAAGCUCCCCCUGCUGGGCAAACAGCGCCACUGUUGGACCUUCAGCCCGACGUGCACACUGGCCUACAGACAACCUUUCUGCUCACCUGGUCCCCUCCAGCUGAGCCAAAUGGUAGAGUCCUCCAUUACGAGGUGUACCGCAGACUGGACCAUACCACUGAUGUCCACAGACGUGAUGCAGCAACACUUGUUUACAAGAAUAUCUCUACUACUUGCAAAGAUGAAGCACUCAAGCCGUAUACUGAAUACCAGUACCAGCUGUGGGCAGUGAAUUCGGCCGGUCGUUCUGCCAGUCCGUGGGCUGAUGGGCGAACAGGACCUGCUCCACCUGAGGGAGUAGGCGCACCUAUUUUCCUGCGUGUGUCAGCAACCUCAGCACUAGUGAACAUCCAUCCUCCAGCGCGACCCAAUGGGAUUGUUAGCCUUUACAGAGUGUUCUCAGUGAACCACAACAACCACACUCUGCUCUCAGAGGGUACAUCCCGACAGCAGACACUCCAUGAUUUGCGCUCUUACACUCGGUACUGGGUAGGAGUAGAGGCCUGCACCUGUUAUCAGUGCUGCAGCCAAGGUCCACUGAGUGAGCUCCACACCUUGGCUGCCCCCCCGGCCCAGCAGCCCCCGCCUCGCCCCGUCACCCUGACCUCCCGCUCUGUUCAGCUGGAAUGGGACGAGCCUCUGGCACCUAAUGGAGUAAUUGAGAGCUGUGAACUACAUCUCAGAUCACCUUGCCCGCAGCCUCCCCAGCCUGUGCCCCUCCCUUGCAUUGAAGGGCCAAUAGAAAUCAGUUUCUUUGGCAAAAGGAGGAGCUACAAUGUGACAGGUCUCCAGCCAUACUCCACCUAUCAGCUGAGAGCUGCCUGCUUCAACAACAUGGGCAGCACAGCCUCCAACUGGACUGCUGUUACAACACUCAGUGAAGCCCCACAGUAUGUGUCUCCUUUCCCGGUGGACAGCAACCUGACAGUUAUUUGGCUGGACUGGACGGGGUCCUUCUCCCUCAACGGGUACCUGAAGGAGUUUAGUGUGACAGAGAGCCAGCUGAGGGUCUAUACUGGUUUCUACAGCUAUCUCCAUAUUCCACGCACCUCACAGAAAACUCUUUCAUUUCAAGUGACUUGUACCACAAACAGUGGCAGUGCCAGUACUCCCACCAUCAGAUAUAGCCCUGCAACAGGCCUAGGUAACCCUGAAGACAUCGGUAAAGAGGGCAUCAGCAUGUCGGCCACGCCGGUUUACUCUGAGCUGUGGUUCAUCUUGUUGUUAGCCCUGCUGGGUCUAUUUCUGCUGGCCCUGCUGUUAGGCCUUGUGCUACAGAGAGCCCUGAGGAAGAAUCCAUCAGCCAGAGAGCGCCCCCCGCUGGUCAUGCUUCAGAAGACCAGGAAGGCCGGGGGAGAGACGUACAUGGUGAGAGGAGCAGAGAAGCAAGGCACUCAUAGAAGGAAAAAGCGGCCCUGCCCUGAAUUGUGCUCUAAACAUCACUCCAGCUCUGUGCUGCUCCCCGACCGCCCCACAGGUCUGACGGACACAAAGAUCGUCGGUAGCAGCUCGCGGUUCAACCCCAUGUCUGUCCUUCGGGUCCCGAGCCAAACGGACCUCAGCCAGGCCUACUCCCAGCAUUCCCUGCACCGCAGCGUCAGCCAGCUGAUUGACAGGAAGUCACUAAUGAUGGAGGAAGGAAGCUGGGACAACCCAAUGGGACAUGAUUCUGGACUGUAUGGGGAGGAAGACGAGUUUGUGGACGCCAUCAAGGCCUUAGGGUCUUUAAAAAACCAGGAGCAAACCAUGUUCACCGACACUCAUCUCUAA